AUGACUGCCGAUACAACCACCACAAGUUACUGGAUGAACUGGAGGGUCUUGAUUUGCACAAUAUUGGUCUUAAUUUCAUUGUUUCUUGCAUCCAUUCUCAUCUCAAAAUAUGAAGGCCCGCGCAAAUUGAAACAUGGAAGCAGAGAAACUCGGCAGGAACCAGCAGGACUAUUGUAUGAAGAUGAAGUUUGGAGGCCUUCUGUGAGAGGAAUACAUCCAGCUUGGCUGCUGGCAUUCCGGGUUGUCGCUUUCAUUGUGCUUUUGUUAAUGCUGGCCCUGAAUGUUGCAGUUGAUGGAGGUGGCAUUUUUUACUUCUAUACACAAUGGACUUUUGUGUUAAUAACCAUCUAUUUUGGGCUCGGAUCUUUGCUGUCCAUGUAUGGAUGUUACCAAUAUCACAAUAAAGUUGGUGGUGCUAGAAUUGAUCAUGAGGAGUUUGAUGCUGAGCAAGGCACUUCUGGGGCACCUAGAGAUGCAGAAAAUUCUAACAUGUCCAACGUUGUGAAAAGCUUGGGCCCCAAUGAGGAACGCCCUGUUCGCCAAAUUGCAGGCUUCUGGGGUUACGCUUUUCAAAUAAUUUUCCAGGUUAAUCUCCUAAAGCAAUGA